UUCCUCCUUCCCCGUCCGUCUGGAAGCUUUCUUUCCUUUUCUGCAGUAGACGGGGGAGCGGGCCGGCUUUAGCGCUUUGCUUGCUCCCUCUUUCUCCCUCCCUCCCUCCCUCCCUCCUCCUCUUUCCAGCCUUAUUAUUGAAAGAGCGGGCGCGAGAGAGAGAGAGAGAGCCCACCGCACCGCACCGCACCGCAGCGCGUCUUCCUUUCUCCUCCUCGCUAAGCAACUCGCCUCACCUCAGCUCACAUCAUCCGGGGUAGUAGUGCCACUGCCACUGCCACACCACCACUAGUUAAACCGCCGCCUUGAGCCGGUCCGAGGGAAGCCAGGUGAGUGCGCAGCCACAAGGCAGCAGGUAGCCGUACGAGGAAGCGGGCACAAGGGACAAGAAGAGCUCGAUCGGCGAUGGCGCUGCUUCCUCCUCCUCUCCUCCUGCUGGGGUUCUUGCUGCUCGUCCAGGCCCCUUCUGCUGCGCCGCAGACCUUCAUCGGCAUCAACUACGGCGACAUCGCCGACAACCUGCCGCCGCCGGCGUCGACGGCGCGGCUCCUCAAGUCCACCACCAUCGGCAAGGUGCGCCUCUACAGGACCGACCCGGCCGUGGUGGCCGCCUUCGCCGGCACGGGCAUCUCGCUGCUCCUCGGCGCCGCCAACGGCGACAUCCCCUCCUUCGCCUCCUCGCCGUCGGCCGCGGCCGCCUGGGUCGCCGCGCACCUCCCGUCGUCCACGUCGCCCGCCGUCAACGGCAUCUCUGUGGGCAACGAGGUGCUCUACUCCGGCGACGCCACGCUCAUCUCGCAGCUGGUCCCGGCGCUGCAGAACAUCUACGACGCCCUGCCGGCCAACUCCGGCAUCAAGGUGUCGACCGUGAACGCCAUGGACGUGCUGGCGUCGUCGGACCCGCCGUCGUCGGGCGCGUUCAAGCCGGAGCUGUCCGCCGCGCUGGACCCGCUCCUGGCCUUCCUCAGCAAGACGGGCUCACCGUUCCUCGUCAACCCCUACCCCUACUUCGCGUACCAGGACGACCCGCGGCCGGACACGCUGGCCUUCUGCCUCUUCCAGCCCAACGCCGGCCGGCCGGACGCCGGGUCCGGGCUGACCUACACAAGCAUGUUCGACGCGCAGGUGGACGCCGUGCGCGCCGCGCUGGACGCCAAGGGGUACAAGGACGUGGAGGUGGUGGUGGCCGAGACCGGGUGGCCGCACUCCGGCGGCACCGACGAGGCCGGCGCCUCCGUGGAGAACGCGCACGCCUUCGUCUCCAACCUCGUCUCCCACCUCCGGUCCAUGGUCGGCACGCCGCGGAUGCCCGGCAAGUCCGUCGACACCUACCUCUUCGCCGUGUACGACGAGGACCUCAAGCCCGGCAAGGCGUCGGAGAAGUCCUUCGGGCUGUUCCAGACCACGCUCACCGAGACGUACCCGACGGGGCUGCUGAGGAACGGCACCGCCGGCCUGGCGCCGGCUCCAGCACCGACCGUGCGGCCGGCGAGCCCCCCGCCGGCGAUACCGCAGGUGACUCCGGUGCAGCCACAGCCAAGCGGGUCGGCAGCGGCGACGUCGCCGCCUCGUCAUGCUCGUAGCGCUGCUGAAUCGCCUCGCACCAUCUCGGCGCUCCGUCUGCUUGCUUGUUUCUUGUUCAUGUCUCUGAUGGUCUGACCUUCCUUUUCUGUACCCAAUCUCUGGAAUGUGUGUCGACUGUCAAAGGCAACUUGUGUUGUGCUGGUAUGUGGUUUCUUUUGCAUUGUCCAAUGGUGCGACUCAGAAAUGACGUGAACAAAUAUAUUUGUUUCAUAAUUA